AUGAACAACAUCAUCCGUCUGAUUCUCAUGCUUAUGCUAGUUCUGAUCAUCCGUCUGAUUCUCCAUACAUCGAAGCGACAGACAUGUUUCAACUGUGGAAUUCCUGGACACAUUGCUAGAAAUUGUGUUCAUCGUCCAAACGUGCAACAAAAUGCCAAUACUCACUCUUGUGCUGAUGUUUGUGAGCCAGUUCACAACACACAAAAGGAGCCAAAACGAGUAGAUCAAAAUCAGGGAUAUAAGAAGUCUGCUCAUCAAGGACAAUCACAAUCUCGUAAGGCUCGUGACAAGGUGAAGAAAAGCUCCAAUCAGGGAGAAAAGACGAAGAAUGGUGCUCAGAGCAACAAGACUUCUGCAAACAACAAAUACAAGCACCAAAAUUCAUCUUCGUCUGAAAGUAAAGUGCAGGCGCAUCCAACGCAAAAAGGACGGGUUUGUCCUUCAGGACCUCCUAGAGCAAAUCAAGCUGCUCAAAAUGUCUUUCCUAUGAAAAGGCAAACUUGCUACAACUGUGGCAUUGCGGGUCAUAUUGCUAGAAACUGCACAAAUCGUCCCUAUGUACCUUAUUAUACACAGCAUCAGAGGGUUACACCAAGGGAUAAAUAUAAUUCUAAGCCAAUGAAGGUAUCUUCACCUACCGCAAUGAAGAAUGUGAAUCCGAAUGUUAAACCUUCUGAUGAGGAUUGGAAUGCUGCUAAAGCAAAAAGAAAACAAGCUUUGAAACCUACACAAGUUUUGAAAAGUAACAAGGUUGAUAAGCCAACUGUUUAG